AUGGCCCCGGUUCGGACAAGUCAUGACUACUAUGCGAUUCUCGAGGUCGAGCAGACGGCAGACUCUGCAACUAUCAGGGCCAGCUAUAGACGUCUUGCAAGAAUCACACACCCGGAUAAAAAUCCAACGAAUCCGAAUGCGACAUCUGAAUUCCAGCUGAUUUAUGAAGCAUACUCAAAUUUGUUUGAUGCUGAAGCCCGACGGGCGUAUGACUUGAAAUACCCAUCUAUUAAGCGGUCUGCCGGUCAGACUGAAAAAUCAGCCCCAAAGGCAGAGCCAAGCGCGGUCCCAAAAACAGAAUUAAAAACAAACGGGAGCGCAGAUUCCAAGCCUUCUCCAGCAGCAGAUCCUAAGCCGGAACAGAAACUAAAUCAUAGGUCAGGUCUAAAUCCUGAAUCAAACCCAGAGCCAAAGCUGGGCCAAAAGCCAGAUCAAAAACCAUAUACAAAGCCGGCCCCAAAACCGGACCUAAAGCCUGAUCCAAAACCAGAUCCAAGACCAGAUCCAAAAGCGGAACCAAAGCCGGAACCAAAACCAGACCCAAAAGCUGAUACAAAACGAGACUCAAGAACAAGUAUAAAAAUUGAUCUGAAGACUGUCCCAAAGAGACGUCCUGUUAGCCAUGAACCCAUUACUAAAAGACCAACGGAAGAGCAAUACAAGGCGACACUGCAGCAGUUAAGAGCCAAAAGAGCAAGACAAAAGGAUGAGUUUCUCGAAGCAAUGAAAGCACUCAGCGGACUGCAGGAUGAUGUGGCACGAUUAACCAAAGAAAUUGACAGGGCAGCGGAAAAAAUAGCUGCUAUUGGAAAGCUAAGGACGCACCGGCUUUCUAUGAGAAAAAUCGAAGAGCUUGAAGAACGAAAGGAGCAAGCCCAACGUACACGACUUGACAAGACGGCUGCCCUAAGACUUAAGCAUAGCCUUCUAGAAAAACAGGAGGAAAGUAUACGAAGGUGUGAAGCUUCAUAUCAGCUCACGGAGAAUGAAAUCAUUAAGGUCAAGAGAGAGAUAAGAUGCCAGCGAGAGGAAGAAGAGCAAGCGAAGAGAAAGGCCGAGGAAGAGCGGGCGAGACAAGAACAUGAAAUGGAGGAAAAACGACGGGAUAAAGACGAGCAGGAGGCAAUAGAGGUGAUGAGGCUUUGGCGGAGGAGAGAAGCGGCUCAGGAUGACGAGAACCGAAGACAUGAAGAGGAAAUCAAGGAGGCGAGGCGCAGAUACAGACGAGAGGGCCAGAGAAAGCGAGAUAUACCUAAGCAGAAUGGAUGUAUGUAUGGAGGAGAAUGGGAGACUAUUGAGAAGCCUAUGAGAUGCGGUCGAUGCUCGAUGGGGACCCAGCAAAUUGCCUUCUGGUGUCCGUAUUGCGGUAGGGUAUCCUGCGAGUCUUGCCUGAAGUUCCUCAUGGGGGAAAGACAUGAUGAAAUUAUGGUAUCAUGA